AUGAAAGAUAACAGAUCUUUCAACAUCGAAAAGAAACAUCAAACAAAAGUAACGCACCAGAUUGUGGACAUAAAAGUUGAUGAGGAGUUGAAGACCCUCUCUGCUGAUAUAAUCUCAAGAGCUUGUUUUGGUAGCUCUUACUCCCAAGGCAACCAGAUUUUUGCAAAGAUUGCUAUCCUCCAGGAGGCCUUGUCUAAUCCAAGUUUGCUCUUUGGCUUUCUCAAUUUUAGCUUAUUUCCCACAGAGAGUGAGAAGAAGAUUAAGAGUUUGAGAAAAGAGGUGGAUGCUUUGUUACUCAAAUUAGUGAGAGAUCGCCAAAAGGAAAGCCAAUCGGGAGGCACGUCAGAAAAGGACCUAUUACAAAUGAUACUCCAAAGUGCUGCUAAUAACAGCACUGACAAGCCUCAACAAUAUAUGCACAAAACAGACCAAUUCAUUCUGGAUAAUUGUAGAAGCAUCUACUUCGCAGGAUCUGAGACCACAGCUCUGACAGCAUCCUGGACACUGAUGCUCUUGGCAUUGCACCCAGAAUGGCAAGAACGUGUUCGUGUCGAGAUUGCUGAGGUCUACGGGGACGAUGAUGAUCAACUGCGUCAAUGCUUGAAAGACAAGGACAAACUGAACAAGUUGAAAACGCUGACAAUGGUGAUUCAAGAGAGCCUGCGGCUGUAUGGACCUGGAGUCAUAUUGGCAAGGGAAGCUCUAGCAAAAAUGAAGUGGGGGGACUUUACCGUGCCGGAAGGCAUCCACAGAUGGACCCUCAUACCGACACUGCACCGUGACCCCGAAAAUUGGGGUCCGGAUGCUAAUGAGUUCAAGCCAGAGAGGUUUGCAAAUGGGGUGUCUGAGGCAUGCAAGUAUCCUCAAGCAUACGUGCCAUUUGGUCAUGGGAGCCGAUCGUGUAUAGGGCAGACUUUUGGCAUGGUGCAGCUCAAGAUAAUGCUUCCUCUCAUUCUGUCGAAGUUCUCAUUCUCCCUUUCUCCAAAUUAUCAACACUCCCCUGUUUAUAAAAUGCUGUUGUUGUUUACCAAUGUGAUGAACAUUGCAAGCUUAUAUUCCUUCAUGACUAUUACAUGUUCUCUUACAUCAGUAGAUUCAAAUCUAACGGUUUGUAAUAGUAAGCCAAUAUGA